AUGCAGCUGAAAGGUGAACGCCCCUCGCUGCCGUCGAACGGGGUGAAGCAGACGGGGGUGCAGUUGACGCAACGCGCCAUUCCGGACGACGCCGCCGCGCGUCGUGAGGCCAUCGUCGACAUUGUGCUGAUGCUCUGUCCGGAUGUCUUGUUUCCGGCCGGGUCGCCCCCGGCGGCGUUUGGGCGCCCCGGUUUUAGUGAGGCUCGCGGUGGCAGCAGCAGCAGCGAUGGGAAUGGCUCCCGUGUGCCCGGCGCAGGCGCGGCGGCGGAGGAGCUCUGCGUGGAGCGUCUCUCGGGCGGCAUCACGAAUGAAUUGUUCCGCGUGUACCACCCCGCCGACGACACACACUCGGUCGUUGUGCGUGUCUUUGGGAGGGAGACGGAGCGCGUCAUCACGCGCGAGAGUGAGUUCUUCUACCAGUCCUUCUUCAUCCCCACCUACGUGCGUGGCAGAAACUUCCUCGUCUACCGCUUCCUCAACCGCUACCGGGCGCUGUCGUUCACGGAGCUCGCGCAGGAGGCGAGUAAGAUGGCCUGCGAGGUUGCAGCGUUCCAGGUGCGGGCCACACUAGGCGCCAGGUGCGACCACCACGACCCGCAACUCUCGGCGGAGGAGCGGGCGUACUGGAACGACGUGGGCCCCACCCUCGGGGGCAGGCAUGCCGCGGUGUCCGACGUGUGCCGAUUCGAUCGGGAGGAGAAUUACACCCUGCACGCGCUGACGCGGUGGGCGGAGCAAAUGCUGUCGGAGGGGGUGCUCGGCAAGGUGUGCGCGGGGAAGCGGGCGGAGUACGAGGGGGUUGCCACGCAACUGGAGAGGGAGGCGUCGUGGGUGCAGCGACUGCUGCUCCGCCACGCCUCUGUUCUCGGGGAAAGCGUCUGCCACAACGACCUCCUCGGCGCGAACAUCAUGCGCCACCUCGAGAGCGGGGCUCUUACAAUAAUUGAUUUCGAUUACGUGAAGCGGAACUACUUUCUCUUCGACAUUGCCAACCACUUUAACGAAUACGCAGGGUUGGAGUGCGACUAUGACCAUUACUUUCCUUCUGAUGCGGAAAUGUCGAGCUUCAUAGGGCUCUACAGAAAGGCAAUGCGUGCGGAGCUCCAUAGACAUCGUGAGCGUGCACGUGGCAUGCAGCUGGAGGAGAUCAUUCCCGGGGAGAAGGUCUUCUUCCUCUCUGAGGUCGACGAUGAGGGAGAAGAGGAAAUGAUUGCUCAUUGGGUGCGGCUUGUCAAACUUCUUACGCUGGCCUCGCAUCUCUCGUGGGGCAUUUGGGCUUUGCUCCAGGAGGCGGUGUCUGCGUUGGAGGUGGACUUCCUGUUCUACGCCAAGUGCCGCCUGAAACGCUAUCUCGAAACGAAGGAUACAUUUUCCUCGGGAUUUCUCUGA